AUGUUACAAAGUUGUCAGAUGUUUAAUCCGAACGACUACGACGAAUCUUUCUACCGCAGUGGAUUCAUUUUGAAUGGUAAUAAUAAUAAUGUUGGCAGCAAUCAAACAGUCAAAUUUCAGCAAAAAAACGAAAUCGUAAAAAUUUGGAGUCAUUUCGCAAGUCUAACAACUUCGCACGGCAUUCCCCACAUUGAUCAUGCCAGAGGCGUCAAAUUCUUGAAAUAUGGAGUUGACGUGAAGUUCAGCGUUGAACAGGCCAAUCCGAUGACAUUCCCUGCUGUGACGGUCUGCAACAACAACCCCAUCAAAAAAUCAAGUGUCGCCGGCAUUCAAAGAUUGAACAACUCUAUCAUAAGCUACAACAACGAUAUUGAGUCUCUCAUAUGUUCAAACAAUAUUUCCUAUCUAUCCAAACAACCUGUCAAUGCACCGAACUCAUCAAAAUGCAUCGUAAGCAGUGGAUCGUCAGAGGAUGGCAAGCAGGAAAAAAUUGAUUUCAAGAUGAGGAAAAUCGUACAAGAGAUCUACUACGAAAUGCGUAGCACUGACAUAUAUUCGAAGGGACAUAUCAUUGACGACCUGGUGGUUGAUUGUCGCUUCUCAGGAAAGUACUGCUUUGGAGACUUCACGACUAUGUACAAUAUACGAUAUGGGAAUUGCUACACAUUCAACGCGGCCGAAGAAGGCAAACCUCUGAAGACUAUCAAUUAUCCCGGUCCAAACAACGGUCUUUCAAUAAUUUUCAACGUGGAACAGGAUGAAUACAUCGGAGAAGUGACACAAUACGCUGGCUUGAGAGUGGUGGUUCAUGACCCGAAGAAGAUGCCCUUCCCAGAUGACGAGGGCAUCCUUGUGCCUCCGAACGCCCUUACUCAUAUCGGAGUACAACUGGAGACAGUUUCGAGGCUGAAUGAAAGUUACGGCAAGUGUAACAGCAAUGACAACCCAAUUAAAACCAACUACCAACUCACGUACAACAAAUCCUAUUGCCAGAAGGGUUGUGAAUACACUUGUCUGGGAAAAGAAGUUAUCGACCGAUGCAAAUGCAAGGCAGUCAAAUACGCCGUCUUCCCAGCUAACGAAGACCCAAUAAGAACCUGCCAAUCACAAAACAAAAGCGACGAAGAAUGUAUGGCGGAGGUAACACAAUCCAGCGAAAAUGGUUCAUCGCAGUGCAAUAAUGACUGUCCUAAACCAUGCCAAGAAAAUAUCUACGUCAUCUCCAUCAGCACAUCCAUGUGGCCAUCAGAAAAUUAUAAGGCAACAUUAAUGAAAAUACUAGAGAAGCACCACGACAUAUUCCCUAGAGAACUCAACGACAGUGAUUACUUCAUCGAUUCGAACUACGGCAGGUUGGUCGUCUACUACAGCACGCUGGCCUACACGCAGACUAGUGAGACCCCGUCGUACGAGUUGAAACAAUUUCUAUCUGACAUCGGAGGCAUACUUGGGUUGUACAUCGGCUUCUCCGUGCUGACGUUUGUAGAAUUCAUCGAACUCAUCUACGACAUUUGUCUGUCCAUGUUCACAGGUGGAUGUUCGAGAAAAAAAUACAAAAUUUUUCAUAAAAAAUUUGACAACUCUAGUUUCGAUUACAACUACGACAACAAUGGUAUAACCAAUAACAACAACAACAAAAUUGACAACUUGAAUAAAGUUAAAAACGAUACUUCAAACGCAACAAAUUGCAAUAAAAUUUAUAAAAACAUUGACGAAAUUUGCGACGGUUUUACAGUUAACAUCGGCACAGUUGAUGUUGAUUAG